CAGGCAGAUCGAUUAAGGAUGUCCAGAUUGGAUACAAUAGGAUGCAGAGAAACAAGUGUAUUCUGGGAAAUAUGCAUCUUCCAUCAGUUACAGCCGAGAAGAAAUUUAAAUUUUCAGAUCCCUGUCUGAUAUCUCAAAACUGUCACGAAAUCGUCAUUUUCCAUCUCUGAUAUCAACUUCACCGCAGUUAAUAUCAAUGACGGAACGGUAGUAUAAGGUAGAUAACACUAAAUUUGGUUCGAUAAUUUUUCACAACACCUGCAAUAGCUUUGACUUCCAAUGGCAAUACACGUACAAAGUCAAGAAAUUGUCAAAACAAUGUGGCCUCUAUUGCUCAAUUUAAUCCCUCUUCUGGCUACGGGUUACUCCGACCUUCGUUUGAAUCCAAUUUUGAAUGCGAGUGCAGUUGCUUUCGGUAAGGAAAACGGAGUGUCCGAAAAUGAACUAAAUGAAACACACAGGAUAUGUACAAAGCCGGACGUCGUGUACCAGUCCGCGGGUCCCGUCAAUAUCUAUCUCAAUGGUGGACUAGUACAGCAAGGCGGUAAAGAAAGUGUGAUAAACUUCACAGCAGAUAACACAAAAUGCAGCAAUUGUCCUCAAGGACCACCUGGACCAAAAGGCGACAGGGGACCUCAAGGUCCCCAGGGACCUAGAGGUGACCCCGGACCUCGCGGGGGCCGAGACAAUGGGACUCGCGUAACGGACAUGUUUGUGGCUUUCUCUGUGGUUAUGGAGGCGAGGCCUUUUGGUCCGUACAGUUAUUAUAAGAUCAUACAGUUUGACAACGUGAUCAGUAAUAUCGGAUCUGGGUACAACGAGGACAAGGGAGUGUUCACGGCACGUAUCCCCGGAUAUUACCAGUUUACCGUGCACGCUCACACAGUGGUCAACAAGCAGGCGGAGUUUAACAGUGAGCGAGUGGUGUCCGUUUGGGCUGACGGAACGAUAGGUCACCGGGAAGAAAACACUGCUCAGAAGGCACCCAUGAGUCCGUUCAUGUCCGCCCCUACACCCAAGUCCACCCCAAAGCAAGUGCACGAGAUGGGAUCCUCCAACAGCUUCAUUAUUAAAAUGAGCCGGGGUCAAAAGGUCUACUGUCUCCUGCCAGCCAAUCAGGUGUUGGCUGGGCUCGGGUUCUCGUCAUUUUCCGGACAUUUACUGAGAGUAACAAGUGAUUAAGACCGGAGGUAGAGAAUCAGAGCAAUGAAAUGGUUGAAACUGAUCACCGAUAAAUUCAUCAAUGCAUUAUCUGAUGUAUUCAGGAAACAUAACUUGAUAUUUCAACGUGGUUUUGUUUUUAUGUGUGUUAUCAAGAAAAUGCAUAAACAGUCCUAAUACAAAUAAUAAACAUAACUAAGGCACUUAAAUAAAAAAAAACUUGCCUAUGUUAAACAAGUUACUUUUUAUGAUGCAAACAUAAACUA